ACUUGGCCCUCAGAAGGGAACAGGCAAGGAAGGAGGGGAGGAGCUCAUCUUUCCGAAAAGGGGACGCUGCCCAGGUCCAAGGCAAAAGAGCCUGGGAGGAGGGAGAGGCCACAUCCUGGAAGCCCAGGAGCUCAGGCAGGGGUAUGUCACCCCCACUCCCCCUCCUGAAGGCCCCUGGUCCUCCCACUAACCCCCACCCUUCACCUGCCCAUCAGCCAGCCAGGCAGGGCCAGAAACACCAGGCCUGAAGUUCAGGAAAGAGGGGCAUGGCCCCACCCUGGAUGGGCACAGACACUUCUACUCCAGGGACUUGGCAGGAGAUGGGCAGCAGAACCACGCACACUUGAAGUGCCCACAUGGCCUCCCUCACAGACCCCUGAGGAGCUGCUGAUAGCCUUGGGGAGGAUGUAGGAGGAUGCAUUUUGGGGGGAUUGAGGGGUGGAAGCCCACCUUCAAGCCCUGGUAUGUUCACCCAGGUGGACCUGAGGGCCCCCCUUGACCAUUGUCAACAUUCAAUCCCUCCAAGGAAGUAGCCCUGGCAGUACAAACAGGGUGUGUCCACCAGACUCACCUUUAGGCCAAGACCCCAGACCCUUCCCAAAUGAGGCGCUGAGGUGUAGGAGCCCCAUCCUAUCUUUGAAGCCCCCUUGGGUACCUCACUCUGUAUUUGGUGGGGCAGUUCCUCCCACCUUCAACCUUGGAAGAACGACUGGAGUUCAUGGAGAUGGCAUAGAAUGCCCCUCACCUCCCAGCAGAGACAUGGGACCACCGGUCAGGACGGGUCUCUGGAUGGUCCCACACCCUGCAGUGCAGAAGUGAGACUUGCUGCCUGCCUCCCUGCCCUGCCUGCCCCUCUGGCCCUCUUCUCCCGCCCCAGACUGGCUGUCAUCAAAGCCACUGCCAGCCAGGUGACAGAAGUACUAAGUGGCCCAAGCCCUAAGGAAGGACUGGGGCAGGGUCUUGGGGGCCCAUCAAACCUCCACUUGAGAACCCCCUCUCCGACCUCUGACCGGCCCUUCCCAGCUGGCUCCUGGGGACUGAGGUGGCAGCUGAGCCCCUCAUUACCCACCUCCAGCUCCCCAGCUAUGGAGGGACAAGUGAAGAAACGAGUCCCUGGGGGUGCCCCGUCUGACCAAUCCCUCUGCCGGAGCUGCCUGGGGCUAGGGGGUCUCUAUUGCUUCUUCCUUAUUUGCCUUGACUGCCGGCCCCACUUCCAGGACCGCUGCGUGGGGCAUCCUGCUCUGAAGCCCUACGGGGGAGGGGUCGGCCCUACCCGCCCCUCCCUUGUGCCCGCUCCGCUCUGGCCACCAACUCCAGCCGGUCCGGCUGCCUGCCCAGUCACCCGAUCCGCCCCGUAAACUUGACGGCGGGGCGCGGCUGGCUUGGUGGGGGCGGGGGCUGCUCCUUAAAGGAGCCGUCAGAGGGUGCCCUGGGGCCCCUCGGCUUCUCCCCUUCUGCAGGGUGAGAAGGGGCCAGGGUGAGGAGCCGCUGCUGCCGGAGCUCUCGGUGGAGUGUGGGAAGGCAAUCUGGUGUUUUGUGACGUCGCAGACCUCACGGGCCUAGAAGAGGCAGCGGCAAGUGAGGACCUUGUCUGUGUGCCCCACUGCCCCCAGCCCCAGUCCCAGGCUGGCAUGACGUAGGCACGCAGAGUUUGUGAAUUAAUGUCUAUCCCGGGGCAGAGUCCAGGGUGGCUCAAGGCUCCUCCACACACGCCCGCUGAACCCUGAGCUCCCUGAGCUGCAGGGAUGGGGCGGGCUGAGGCCGCCGCCAUGAUCCCAGGCCUGGCCCUGCUCUGGGUGGCAGUGCUGGGGGGUGCUGCCCCCAGCAUGCCACGCCUUCGCCUCUCCUUCCAAGAGCUCCAGGCCCAGCACGGUCUCCGGACCUUCAGGCUGGAGAGGACGUGCUGCUAUGAAGCUUUGCUGCUGGAUGAGGAGCGUGGGCGCCUGUUUGUGGGCGCCGAGAACCAUGUGGCCUCCCUCAGCCUGGACAACAUUAGCAAGCGGGCCAAGAAGCUGGCCUGGCCGGCCCCUGUGGAAUGGCGAGAGGAGUGCAACUGGGCAGGGAAGGACAUUGGCACUGAGUGCAUGAACUUCGUGAAGUUGCUGCACGCCUACAACCGCACCCACUUGCUGGCCUGUGGCACAGGGGCCUUCCACCCAACCUGUGCAUUUGUGGAGGUGGGCCAGCGGCUGGAGGAGCCCAUGCUUCGGCUGGACCUUCAAAGGCUAGAGGAUGGCAAGGGCAAGAGUCCUUAUGACCCCAGGCAUCGGGCUGCCUCCGUGCUGGUGGGGGAAGAGUUGUACUCGGGAGUAGCCGCAGACCUCAUGGGCCGGGAUUUUACCAUCUUCCGCAGCUUGGGUCAGCGUCCAAGUCUCCGAACAGAACCACACGAUUCCCGCUGGCUCAACGAGCCCAAGUUUGUCAAGGUCUUUUGGAUCCCGGAGAGUGAGAACCCGGACGACGACAAGAUCUACUUCUUCUUCCGUGAGUCGGCAGUGGAGGCCACGCCGGCCCUGGGACGCCUGUCUGUGUCCCGCGUUGGCCAGAUCUGCAGGAACGACGUGGGUGGCCAGCGCAGCCUGGUCAACAAGUGGACUACGUUCCUGAAGGCGCGGCUGGUGUGCUCAGUGCCCGGUGCUGAGGGCGAUACGAACUUUGACCAGCUCCAGGACGUGUUCCUGCUGUCCUCGCGGGAUCGCUGGACCCCGCUGCUCUAUGCUGUCUUCUCCACGACCAGCAGCAUCUUCCAGGGCUCCGCAGUGUGCGUGUACAGCAUGAAUGAUGUGCGCCGGGCCUUCCUGGGACCCUUUGCACACAAGGAGGGGCCCAUGCACCAGUGGGUGUCCUACCAGGGCCGUGUCCCCUACCCCCGACCUGGCAUGUGCCCCAGCAAGACCUUUGGCACCUUCAGUUCCACCAAGGACUUUCCUGAUGAUGUCAUCCAGUUUGCCCGGAACCACCCCCUCAUGUACAAUUCGGUCCUGCCCAUGGGGGGGCGCCCCCUCUUCCAACAAGUGGGUGCCGGGUACACCUUCACCCAGAUCACCGCGGACCGUGUAGCAGCUGUUGACGGAUACUACGACGUCCUCUUCAUUGGCACAGAUGCUGGCACCGUGCUGAAGGUGAUCUCCGUCCCCAGGGGUGGCCGGCCUAAUGCUGAGGGGCUGCUCCUGGAGGAGCUGCACAUGUUUGAGGACUCAGCUGCUGUCACCAGCAUGCAAAUCUCCUCCAAGAGGCACCAACUGUACGUAGCCUCUCGGAGCGGGGUGGCCCAGAUCCCGUUGCACCGCUGCGCUGCCCACGGCCGCGCCUGUGCCGAAUGCUGUCUGGCACGUGACCCUUACUGUGCCUGGGAUGGGGCCGCGUGCACGCGCUUCCAGGCCAGUGGCAAGAGGAGGUUCCGACGGCAGGAUGUAAGGAACGGCGACCCCAGCACACUGUGCACCGGGGACUCAUCCCAUCCUGCGCUGCUGGAGCGGAAGGUGUUCGGUGUGGAGGGAGGUAGCGCCUUCCUGGAGUGUGAGCCCCGCUCGCUGCAGGCGCGCGUGGAGUGGACCUUCCAGCGCGCGGGGGAGGCGGCCUACACUCAGGUACCCGCAGAGGAGCGAGCAGAACGCACGACGCGGGGCUUGCUGCUUCGCUGGUUGCGGCGUGGGGACUCAGGCGUGUACCUGUGCGCAGCCGUGGAGCAGGGCUUUUCGCAGCCAAUGCGUCGCCUGGUGCUGCACGUGCUGAGUGCUGCUCAGGCUGAAAGGCUGGCCCGUACCGAGGACGCUGCGCCCGUCGCGCCGCCGGGCCCCAAGCUCUGGUACCGGGACUUCCUGCAGCUGGUGGAGCCGGGCGGCGGUGGUACGAACUCCCUGCGAAUGUGUCGUCCGCAGCCCGCGCUGCGCCCACCGCCUCCCGAGUCGCGGAGGAAGGGCCGCAACCGGAGGACACACGCCCCAGAACCGCGUGCUGAGCGGGGGCCGCGCAGCGCAGCGCACUGGUGACUCGGCCGUCCUCACGCUGGGGACUGGAGAGGUGGCAGCAGCAGGGAGAGGGGGCGGUCAGACCCUGGGAAGCAGCUAGGGGCCCGGCACACAGCGGUUCCUGGUGGAGGGAAGACACCGACCCGACAGGCCCUGGCCAAGAGGCAGCCAUGCCGGCUUAUUUAUUAACAGAGAAUAAUCCUUGAAUGUAACCCCGAUAGGGGCGGCCCAGGCUGCGCACAGGGUCCAGCUGGUCAGGAGGAGGCAGAGAAUCAGGGUCCCCGAGCAACGACCUGGGUGGGGGAGGUGCCCAGAAUGCCCACCCUGGGGUAAGGGCCACCUCUUUGGGCAGUGAGCAGAAAGCUGUGAACAGGCUGGGGGGGGUGGGGGUGGGGCAGGCCGACUG